UUCCCGUGAUGGGGCCUCGAUCAAAAGGGGAAAAUCAAUCGAAAUGUUCGAUUUGUCAAGAAUCUGGAGAUGGUUUUCACUUUGGAGCAGAAGCUUGCAGAGCAUGUGCUGCAUUCUUCCGGAGAAGUAUUUCAGAAAAUAAAUUAUAUACAUGUAGCGGAAAUAACGAUUGUGAUGUUACUGUUAACAUCAGAUGCAUGUGCCGGGCAUGUCGACUUACCAAAUGUAUCGAAGUUGGAAUGAACCCUGUAGGAGUUCGGCAGAAGCCUGGUAGUUUCCGGAAAUCAAAGGAACUCAUCUCUCCCAGUUCAUCAAAUCAUGACGAGUUCAGUCGAAUGCCAAUACUUUCAAAAAUGAAAUUGAACUAUGAAAAUAUGAGAAAUGCCAGGAAAGCAUUGCACAAUGAAGUUGGAGAAAAUGUAUUUGAGGAGAAGAUUCCAAAAGAAAUAAAUUAUAAAGAAUCAGUUCAGCAGGGAAUGAAGGAUUAUACGCUGAUGCCUGAAUGGGUGUCCUCUUGUUUUGAUGAGUUUCGAACGUUAUCCGCUGAUCAGAAAAAUAUCUUGUUCCGCAACUCCUACAUUCCAUUUUUCAUGAUGGAAACUGCAUUUUUAAGUCAUAUCAACAAUAUGCCGGACUCUGUCAUUUUCCCAUCUGGAGACUAUUGUGACAUGAAAAACUUGGAGCGAUACUAUAAUUCUACAAAUUUUGAAAAAAAAAUCAGCACGGAAGAUAUUGAAAACUUGUUCAAGCCGUUCUACGACAAUUACAAGAGAUCUUUGCUCCUCCCAAUGAUGAAUCUUCAAGUUGACAUCUAUGAAUUUCUCACACUUUUUACACUUCUCCACUGGGAUACUGGCCUUGUUGAGAUCACCGAUGAAUGUCUGGAAAUUGGCACAAAAGUCAAAGCAGAAGUAUUCAAGGAGCUGGAUUUCUAUUUGACAAAUGUGAAGAAAGUCGCAGAGCCAUCAGUUAGAAUAGGGACAAUUGUCAACUUACUUCCAGCAGUUCAUAAAAGCGUACGGAGAAUACAGGAUGACAUGGAGAUGACUAAAGUCUUUAAUAUUUUUUCGGCGCCCAAUGAGUUUUUUGAUCUUGUUACUGGCAAUUUCUGAGAAUAAAAGAAACAAAAUUCUU